UUUCUGUUUCAGCUCAUCUGAAACUCGUACUAUGUCUAUAUAAAUUGGUACUGAAUUUCGAUGGAUCUGAAGCGAGAUGAGUGCGAAUUUGAAUGAGCGUCUUCACCAGUGGAAGCCAUUAUCAGAAGCUGAGGAAGAUUUGUUCACAAAUCUCCCUCCAGAAAUAACAAGAGAUAUUCUAAGAAGAGUCCCGCUUAGAAGCAUUACGAGGUGCAAGCGUGUUUGUAAAUCAUGGCGCGAUUUAAUAGAAGAGGACGAGUUUGUGACGUCGUAUACCACGAAACCAUGCCUGGUUUUAUCUGAUCGAUUGAAGGGGGGUUACGUUGUCUGCGAUGAGGUCCACGAGCCACUUUUCCGAUUCGACGUGCCUCCUCCUUGCAAUGAGAAUUCCUAUAUAAUUGGUACGGCUAAUGGUUUGCUUUUGGUGCGGGAUAUAUGGAAUAAUAUUCUUUUUACAUUAAAUCCAGUUACCCGUGAUUAUAUCGAGCUUGAUCCUUUGCCUGAACAAGGUAGUAUAGGCCGUAAGUACACUUUUGGAUUUGGAGUGAGCAAAUUAAGUGGACAAUAUAAGAUUUUAUAUGUUAGCCGAAGUAUGUCACAUUUUGUGCAUACUCAUCUAGGAGGAGGAGGAGGAGGGUGGAGAAGCAUCUCCGCUCCACCGUGGUUGAGCCCUUACGAGAUUAAUUUUCAUGAUGAUGAAAGUGCUGCAUUUUUUAACGGAAAUCUUCACUGGUUAGUAUUUAAUUUCUUCAGGGAUCCUUUGUUAUGCUGCUUUGAUCUUGAAACCGAGCUCUUCACUAGUUUUUCUCUUCCAAGCCAUUUUGAUGGUUAUAGUCGGAAGGUAUGUGUUUUGGAGGGUCGGCUAUGUGUUUGUCAUGUUUCACUCUGUGAGCGUGCUGUUAUUUGGUUGAUGAAGGACUAUGGCGAUGAGAAUUCUUGGGUAAAAGAAUAUACCUUCACUCAUGAUCAACGCGAAAAGCGUGUUCGUCCGCUCAAAAUUUUGGCAAAUGGCGACUUGGUGUUCGCAACGAUUUGUGAAACUUGGCUAUUUAUCUACUCCAAAAGCACGGAUAGUACUGUGGAACAUUCGAUUCUUCGACGACCCUACUAUUGUUCUCAUACGUAUUCCAGCUUCGUUAUUUACACCCCCGGCUUAAAUCUGCUAAAGCUUCACCCUAAGCUUACUUUGGCAACAUAGUUCAUUUACUUUCAUUGUUUUU